UGUUGCAUGCUGAAGAGUCCCGGCGCUCUGUGAAAGAGCUUUGCACCCGAUACGAUGAACGCUCGAUCUGCCGCUGGAAACGAGGGGAAAUGAAGAUGAAGAUAAGAGUGUGCCAAGGGGUUAGUGGCAUCAUCAUUGUCACCAUGGUUACCGGUUUCAUGUUGGUGUACAACAGCAGCUCUGGGGACAAAUCCCCUCCCACAUUGUUGUCAUCAUCAUCAUCAGCAGCAGCAGCGUCUCACCGUUCAGGUGGUCCUGUUCCAACCACGAAAAAGCCAGAGAGGCCACGGAGACCCCCAACACUUGAUGGGUACACAGGUGUCAUGGAUCAUAAGCCCCUGAAAUUGCACUGCAGGACUUGUGCUCUGGUGACCAGCUCCGGCCAGCUAACUGGAAGCAUGAGAGGAGAAGAAAUUGACCGCUCUGAGUGUGUAAUCCGUAUGAAUGACGCUCCCAGCAUAGGCUAUCAGCAGGAUGUUGGACGACGCACAAGCCUACGUGUAGUAGCUCACUCCAGCCUGCAAAGGGUGCUGCGGAGCCGACAGGAGCUGCUCAACGCGAGUCAAGACACAGUCUUCAUCUUCUGGGGACCCAGCAGCUGCAUGAGACGGGACGGAAAAGGCCAUGUUUACAACAACCUCAGGCUGUUAAAUCAGCUACUGCCCAAACUUAAAGUCUACAUCAUUUCCAGGAUCAAAAUGCUGAAGUUUGAUGAACUGUUUAAAAAGGAAACAGGAAUUGAUAGGAAAAGUUCCAACUCAUGGCUGAGUACCGGCUGGUUCACCAUGGCCAUAGCCGUAGAGCUGUGUGACAGGAUCAACGUUUACGGCAUGGUGCCUCCUGAUUUCUGCAGAUCCUCCUCCCAUCCCUCCGUGCCGUAUCAUUACUACGAGCCCUCGGGGCCCGACGAGUGCUCCAUGUAUCUUUCCCACGAGAGGAGCCGGCGAGGAAGCCACCACCGCUUCAUCACGGAGAAAAUAGUGUUUGCAAAUUGGGCUCGAACCCUCAACAUCCGCUUUAACCAGCCAGACUGGAAACCAGCUGCUGUCAUCACCAGCAUGAAUAGCUCAUACACUCCAGUUCCAGCUGGAUCCUGAGAUUCACUCCAGAGACGAUCCCCAGACGUGCAGAAUAUGUGUGUAGACAGUUUCAAGUGUGCAGAUUCCCUCUCUGGCUCAUAUGAAUGAGACAGCAGUAGACAGAACAAACUGCUGUUGUGGCUGUUAGCCUACUGUCUAAGCAGCUUGGCAGAAUGGGAUCAUUGCAUAAUAGCAUCACAAAGCCUCAACAAUGUUUUGGAAGUGUAACUAUAAUAGAAUGAAUUUGAUACUGGAAUCAAAGCCAUGGAGGUAGGCUCAUGUGUGUUUUUUUUUACUCCGUGUAGAGCUGCUUUAAUAACACUCGAGCUGUCAAGAGAGGAGACAGACAAUGAGACAGUACACCACUGCAGUAUGAUAGAUUCAUUUUCAUAAAACUGAAUACUGAUUCAUUGACAACACUGAGGACAUGUACUGUCAUUGCUUCUGGGAAUGUGGCAGUUUUAAUGAUCUGAGGAGUUUAUACUUUACAGUUACACACAAAUUAAGCAUUGUGUUUUUUUUAAUCGUUGGUAGACUUUCUUUAACUUGACUUUCACUUUAUUUAGACACUUUCCUUUUCGACAAUACAGUAUUCACAAUACAGUUAACAACAACAACACAGAGAAAAAAGUGUCCCAGUUACAGCUGCUGACUCCCCAUAUUUAGGGUAUAGUUAUAACACAGCCUAUUCAUACUGUAAACAUUACAGAACAAGCCCAUCAUAUUGCAGCAGGCCACUUCACAUACACAGAGAACUGCAAUACACUGAAGUACUUAGGUUAAAAAAAACUACUUUUAAACAAUACAAACAAGCAAAGACCAGACUUAAUUGUAGUUUGAAGUGAUACAUUUAGACAAGUCAUGGCCUCCUUGAUCAUGCUGAGGCAUUCAGAUGAUACGAAGUAAUGUUGUGCUCUGAGGAUACACCAAAUAUUGCCUUAAAUGGAUAUUGGGUCUAUUGAUUUGGAUGGGGCUGCAACUACAACAAUGUUUUUGAUGAUUUGAUUCAUUGUUUUGUCGCUGAAAUGUCAGAGAAUUGUGAAAAAUGUUCUUUAAAGUUUUUCAGAGGCUGUUGAGUAAGGUCCUCACGUGUCUUGGUUUGAUCGGACAAACAGUCCAAAAUCGAAAUAGAUUCAGUUUACAAUGAUAUA